GCCAGUCUCAGCGGAAGUCUAUCCCUCCUCUAGUUUAACAUCGUUUAAGUGUAUUAGACUUUUACAAGAGCACAGAGUGUUGAUAUCUAGAGAAACCUACCGAUCUCGCGAUAUCUCCACCUAGCAACUGUAAUGUUUACCCUGGAUACCGCAGCCUUGCUAGAUACAAGACUCAUUAAGAUUGCCAUUCGUAUGCAGUCUCCCGAUGAAAGCCAACUCUGGUGCAGUGGCCCAUCCCUGUGGAGCCUGAUCGCUGAACAUGUUGCAGGGUCAGAGCUGGCAAAGAUCCAUACAGCACUGGGCCACUUCCUGGUUGACAUGUACACAGAGGUGCACGCUGAGGCAGAGAUGUGGCACAAGAUGUGGCAGGAGAGCCAGCGAGGUGGAAACAAUGGCAGCAGGGCAGGGACCCCACUUCCACAUCAAAAGGGCUCUCCGCUCGCUGACCCCCCUGCAGUCAAAGAGCUGGUGAGAGCUGAGGUCAAGAUGUUACUGCUGACUCUCAGAGAGAGAGCCAGCAGGGGGGGGAGAGAUGGUGAGGAGCUCCUGUUUCAGUACAAACCUGAGACUGUAAACUAUGCCCUCAGUCACCUUGACAGCUGUUACAGUACCUGUACCAACCCUGGAGAUACUGAUAAUGGAAGCAGACCGAGCUCUCACUGUUCAGUCCAGUCCAGCGCUGCGGACGAGAUUGAGGCAGUAAGAGACAAGCUGAAUGUGACUGACAUCGAGCAAGUCGUGGACCGCCUCAAGUCUGUCCUAAUGGAGGAAUGUGAAGUGUUGAACAGACUGGUAAAGCAGUUAAAGAGAAAUAUUAAACAAAACUGCAGGAGUGAAUGUGAAUUUGAUAAAUCAGAACCGACACUUGAAGAAUUGAGAGACCUAAGAGGAGCUAUAAAAAUGGACUUGGAGCUUUACCCCUCUUCGUAUGCUGCUUCACCCCCAGCCUUGACUUCUCUUCCUGUGAAGGAAUUGAAAAACAGGUUCAGGCUGUCAGCAGGACAAAAGGCCUCUGAUGAGACUCUGCGAGCUUUAAAUGCCACAUCAGUACUACGACCACAUCCACCUCCUCCUCUGUGCCAUCCUAUACCCAGGCCACCCACUGGACCUCCUCUCACUAAGACCUCUGCAUCAGUCAAACCAGUACAUUCUUCCUCAUUGUCCAGGGCUCAUGGUCAGUGUAGAGGCACAUUAGCUUCCAAUAAAUCAGGCAAAACACCUCUCUGCAGCAAGAACACCACUUCCGGGCAUGUGAAGAGCCACUUCACCACUGACCAGAUAAGGGUUGAGAGCGAAUACCUCUGCAGUCCUUCUCAAGAGCAAAAUAGUGCUGGUCUCAACUGCGGAACCCCAACUUCUAGCGCUAGUUUCCGAAUAAAAACUCUAAGAAACUCACCUGUCCACGUAGCCCAUCUAUCAUCCCAUCGCAGUAUUCACAGCCCGAGCAGAGAGUUUGAUUCGUCACCUCAGAGACAGAGAAAAAGCAGCUCUGUCUGGAGGUCAAGAAACAUCAAUAUUACCUCCUCACCUGUUUCAGCUCUCAGCCCUCUCUGUGAUGCAGGCAGUUACAGCAACAGUACUACUGACUAUUCUGGGUCGGCAACAGAGAAAUCGGAGACACAAAACGAGCAAAAGAAAAGUACCUGUGGAGGUGGUUUAGUGUCAAAAACAUUGCAGGUGGAUAAUGACUCAAAGAACAGUACUCCUGAGAGUUUUAAUUCUUCAGUAAUGUCUGAAACUGGGAAAUCUCCUGCAAGAAAUGGUGACAGGAAGAGCAACAGUGGAACUGAUAGAAAUAGAAAUGGUCAGGAUGUCAGCCAUCAGCAAAGCCUUAGUGGCCACUGUUUGACAGAUUGGUCCUCACAUCAUUCAGAAAGCAGUGAGGAGGGACAGGGCAAAUGCACUCAACAUUUAAAUGGACAAUUCUUUACUUCCUCCAAAAGACCACUUGGGGGCACCACAGGUGAGCCGAAAAGUGUCCAAGAGGCACAGACAGAGCUGGAGUUCAUCGGCAAGUUUUACCAGCCAGUACCUCCUGCGAGAGUGUCAACUUGAAGUCAGGCCCAGACCAAACAGACAGUGUUUGGCAUUGUCCUUUAUGAGAUAUAUGUUUGGGAGCAUGAUGAAUUGAUGUUGAGUUGCAUAAAGUUUUUCACUCAGUGUGUGUG